AGAGGCAAGAAAUCUUUCACCUGCACUCAGUGUGGAAAGAGUUUGACAACUAAAUGUAUUCUUAAGUUUCACAUGAGAGUUCAUACUGGAGAGAAACCGUUCACCUGUGAUCAGUGCGGGAAGAGCUUCACACAGAAAGGACAACUUAAAUGGCACAUCAGGAUUCACACUGGAGAGAAACCAUACAAAUGUCAUGAAUGUGGAAAGAGAUUUUGUUGUAAAUCCCAUCUUGAACGUCACGUGAGAGUUCAUACUGGAGAGAAGCCGUUCACAUGUGAUCAGUGCGGGAAGAGCUUCCCAAAUAAACAAAGUCUGGAGCUUCACAUGAGGAUCCACACCGGAGAUAAACCGUUCAUGUGCAAUCAGUGUGAAAAGAGAUUCUCAAACAAACAAUGUCUUGAGAUUCACAUGAGAGUUCACACUGGAGAAAGACCACACACAUGUGAUCAGUGCGGGAAGAGCUUCACACAGAAAGCACAUCUUAAAGGACACAUGAAAAUGCACUUGGGAGAAAAGCC